AGAGCUUUGUUCUUCUUAGGAUGUGUUAUCUGAACUCAGAGAGGUUUAUCCUCAAUCUAUCCACCCCCUCUUGUCAUUGUACUCAGGUACAUGACAAUUGGUAUCAGUUUCACGAUCCUGCAUACCUGAUUCAUGAUGGGAAGAGGUGAUCCAACACUACAGGAGGUUGCUGCUCAUCAACAACUUCAGGAUGAACGAUUAUCAGUGUUAGAAGAUCAUAUAAAAUAUGAAUUUUUGUUCGAUCCAGGAAACUCUGAAUCAAAUACUGGUUCGUCGUCCAAUGUCAGCGGUUUCGUCUCCAAAUUCUCCACCAGAUCCUGGUUCUAUACAUGAAAAUUCCAAUAAAGUUGCAAUUCCUACUAACUCAAUUGUAGAUAUCACUGUUUUUCCAUCUGAGAUAACAACAUCAAUUCCUACUGGUGUCGAUGACGAAAAAGAUUCUCUCAAUUUCGAAUUGACCCCUCCAUUUUUCUUCAUUGAGAAAGAAGAUGUCGAUUCUCUUCAUGGUGUGAGGCUACAAUAUGAAGAACAUUCAAAAUUAGAGAUCAAUGGCUUCUCUGAGUUGAAUCAAAUCAAAAUUGGUGAGGUGCAAAUUAAACUGUGUGCUUGUUCUUCUUCUCUCCUUAAUGCCACUCGCUCCUUAUUUGAUCGAGGUAAAUGUAUUGUGAUCUCAUCACUUACUUAUGAGAAAUUACUUCUUCAAUUGCUUCUUAGCGUGGGGUUUGACUCAGAUUUUCGGUUUCAAUAUUCGUUUCCUCAUUUAUGUGUUUCUGAUAUUGUAACUCUUGGUACGAGGAAGAUGUUGGUUCAAAUGCCUGCACAUAGUAGAUUUUUGGCCAAUAGUCAUAUGAAAGAUCAGGGUGUUUCUUGUGCUGCUUGGCAGAUUCUUGGUAACAUGUUUCAACUAGAUAUUGUGUGUCUCAAGAGAAAAAAUGUUCUUAAUCACCAAUUUUCCAUUGAUGGUAGAGUAUUUGAUCGCGGCAAAGAAUUGGGAACCAUUAAUGAGUACUAUUAUUUUACAGGUGACUAUGGGUUCACUUUGGGUUUAUUUGAUUCUUGUUUGUCAGUCUGAGAUGUUUAUUCCAUUGUGAAGGAUGCAAACAAUGAAAAUUUGGUUCGUGAGCGGCUACAAAGACAUGUGUCUACAUUUGAAUUUCAGUUUAUGUUUUCAUUGGGUCUUAGAAUUGUAGAUGUUGCUGAAAUUUCAAAGAGGAGUAAAUUUUUCUUUCUCAUGUUCGCUAGAGUGGUGUGCAUUAAGGCUCAUAAAUGGUAUGUUCAAUUGCUUGGUUGGAAGGGAGUGCAAAAAAAUUUCUUACAGCUCAAACGUGCAUUGCUUGAGGUGAUUAAAAUGGGGGUAUAUGAAUGGGAAAUUGCACAUUGGCAUGGGAAAGUGUUGUCACUACCUUGGGAAGAUGAUUCGUUUAACAGUGUGAAUCCAAUGCUUGGCUUCAUCAGGAUAAGUUGCGUCCACAUGAGUGAGGCCGAAUCCAAUGCAAAUUCUGCUCAUGAGCUACUUCUUGAAUAUGGAUCGACUAUUUUUCUGUUCGUUAAAGGCGUCGAGACUGGUGUAGUUUGCAAGUUCUGGGAUGAAGGUUGCAGUAUGGUACAGUUUUAUGUUCCAGAUUGAUACUCCAAGUGACAGGUACCAAUGAAAUUGGUACUGUGAUAGAGUUAAUUGAUCAACUACAUCUCAGUAAAUGGAGUUUCUGUGAUUCUGUAACCCUGCAUUUGGGAGGUGGUUCAAAAAAAUCAUUGAAGGUAUGUGUUGCUGCACAACACUAUGUUCGUGGGUCGCAAAUUCUCUCAAAUAGACUUACAUGUAGGCUUGUGUUUCUUUAAUUUAGUGCUAGCAAGCUGUGUGAUAAUUUUUUACAGCAGGGGAUCAAAUUAUGCUUGUUUAAUCUGGGUUUGUGGAGUACAGCUAGUGGUAAUGUCAGCGAGGUUUGUAAGAGUUUUAUCUCAGUGGCCGGCUUGGUCGUAAACUGGAACCGUAGGAGCCAUAUGUUCUGCACAGCUAAGGCUCUGAGUAUUGUUUCAUCAUAUACCAUGACGGUGUUGAGAAGACAAACAGACAGCGUUGUUGUAACUUUUUUGAGUAGAGGUAAAGGUACUGGUAUUAUGGGUUAUAGUCGAUUUUUGUUUGAUAGAGGAAAAGUGCAACCCACUGAAAAGGUACCUGAUUUUUUUGUUAACCUGCAUGUUGUGCUGACAAAGUUUUGUUACUGGACACAAUUGUUCUUGAUUGCAGCACAUUUUGAUGCACAAUUAUAUUGUGCACUGAUGAAUAUUCAUGGGGAUGGUCGAAAUUUAAAUGGGCCUGCACCAAAUUCACUUAUCACUAUAAUUCUUGUUUUCACCUUCCUAACAGUAUUCAGAAAAGUAGUGACGACAUAUGUUGAGUUUCACGAGCUAUUGAAGUUAAAAUUCCGCUAGAGGUCAAGGGUUAUUAUAUUCGUCGUCAACUUCUGGUAUCUCGAGUAAUGGUGGAGAAGCUAUCUUAUAUACUUAUGUCGGAGGCCGGGAUCGAGUUUGCAACUGGUAAUAUUACUCGUCUGGAAGGUAUGGAAGGUGUUCUGUCUCUUGGAAUGAUGUUGGUAGUACCAAAGCUUCGGCAACUUAAACAACAGGGUACUUAGCCAUGUCCAGUUCCGAAGAGUGAGGUAAUGCAAAUUUCACUGAAGAGAAACCAAAGGAAACUCCAGUCUUCACGGCGUCAGAUGCUAUGUAAAACAAAUUCUGUACACAGUGGCAAAAUUGAAUGUUAGGACAACACCUCUGGGGAGAGCCUCGCUGGAGUGAUCAUGGGAAAUAUGGCUAUUAAUCUCCUAGUACUAGUGGAGGGAACUACUACUGCCAGUGGAUUCACCAAGAUGGUCAGCUAUAUUUUUUUCAAUCAUUGCGGAUUUUGAAGAUGCAACCACGUCUGGAUACCAUGUUGUACCUGAUAUGAUGAGAAGAGGACUUGCCAAAUAAGUUCUCAUCCUUGAGGACAAGGAUGUUUUCAAGGGGAGUGGAAUGUCCUGUACCUGAUAUGAUGAGAAGAGGGUGCCCUUAUCCCACUCAGUGUCUGUAUUUAAUAGUAGGCUUAUUAGUAGUCAUUAACAUAUUAAGGGGUGUCUAUCAUUUGUAAAGAGUGGUUGAGAUGUAACCAUCUAGUGGUAUUGUAGCCGUUGGAUCUAUUGAAUAGAGUCGAGCUUUAUAAGCUCAAGUUCUGUAAUAGUUAGGGUAAGAAAAUUAAUAAUCAAAUUAGAAC